CCCAUUUACAUCGUAUAGGUGUAAAUGCAGAUUCCUUAUGAUCUUCCUUUGCCAACAUUUUCUUCAACUCAACAGUCGGGGUAUGGGAUUUCCCAGGCUCGCUUUAUAGCGAUCCUCGUCUGUGUGUCAUCAUCUAUAUAAACGCUCAACCGUAGGUAGUUAAUUCUACCAUCCGGCCGGAUAGCCCUGGCAGCUGUGGCCAUUAAACUAAUAUACUACUACUAUAACCUCACAAAACAUUAAGGUUAUGUUAUUCUUAUAAGCGUGUAGAGUGUAGAAAUGGAUUCACAAUUUAGUGAAAAUGGAAAAUAUUUCGCUCAGAUUUCAACUGAUGGUAAACUUAAAAUAUGGAAUACAGUGUCCAGCUCCUUCGAGCAAGAAUUUACCCCGGAUUUUCAUUUAAAUACGCCGUGCACUUGUCUACAGUUUCUGCCGCACUAUCAAAACACUGUUAACAAAGGAUCACCUUCACCGAAAAAGAAAAAACGCAAAGAAGAUCCAAGUUUAGCACCUAGUAUAGUUUUAGGAACAACAUCUGGCCUCAUUCUAGUUUAUUCUCUAUCAAAAGCUGGCGUAGAUUAUACUAUAGAUAGUAAUACACACCUACAAAUUAACUGUCUGUCUACUGUAGACGGUAGUUUGCUUUAUUCAGGUGCUGAUCAAGAGAUUUUACAAUGGAAUUUAAGAAAGAAAACAUUAAAAAGCAAAUGGAAAGGUGGAAAUGAAUUAAUCACUUCAAUAUUAGCAAUACCAGAAAGUGAAAAUAUUUUAACAGCCUCGAAAAAUGUGAAAAUGUGGAAUGCAACAAGCAAGGAGCUUUUAAGGACUUUUACUGGUCAUAGUACAGAUAUAUCCCUUAUGAAGUACAUUAGCCCUUUAGGGGGUGAUUCAUAUCUGAUGACAGGUUCCAAGGGUGAUCGAAUUUUAAGUUGUUGGAACAUUACAAGCCCAUCUCAAAAAACUGCUGUAAGCAAUUAUCUUAUGGAAGACAGCAUACAUAACGUUGCUAUUAAUGUAUCUGAUGAUGGAUUAACAAACAUUGCUACAACAGUUAGAACUGGUGUAGUGCAUGUUUACCAACACAGAUUAAAUGGUAAAAGUGGUAAACCUUUAAAACCCAAAUCAACCAUACAAGUAGCUUGUGAUACAGGAAAACAAAACGAUUUAGUAACUCCAAUAAGAAUAUUUGGUGCCACAUUUAGGGACUCAGAAUCAAUAUGUAUUGGACAUGGAUCAGAUGUAAUUUUAACUUUUGAAAAUGUGAAUAUUAGUGAAUUGAAAAAAGUAUACUGUUUAGUAAGGCAAAGCUCGAAAAGUACAAAGGUCUCGAAGGAAGAUGAUGCUAUGAAAAGAAAAACACCCCUGGUCGGAGAUAAUGUCCAUUAUCUCACACCCCAAACCGCGGGGGCUGUUAUAGGUAAAAGGAAAUCAGAGGGAAAAAUGGAAAUUCCUAUGGAACAGAGAUUAGAGAAUUUAACGAUAAAUAAAUCAGAAGGGAGUUCAAAAAUACCCAAAGCCGAUAAUGUGGCACAGCUUCUUUUGCAAGGUCUUCACAGUAAAGACAGGAACUUACUUCGAACAGCUUUGUGUAGAAAAGAUGAGAAUGUUAUUAGGAAUACAGUAAAAAGAUUACCAGUUACGGCUUUCGAAGGUUUGAUCAAGGAACUAACUGACUUUGUCCAUGGAAAAACUCUUUUGAGUCAUUUUGGUGCACUUUGGUUGAAACACUUGGCGCAAAUCCAUGCGGGUCUCUUGAUAUCGAAUCCUAACCUGGCAGAGAUGUUUUCUGGGGCUCUAGGCAGUAUCGAUAAUAGGAUAUCGUUACAAACGUCUUUAAAUAGGUUAAGAGGGAAAUUAGAACUUUUGGUUCCGCAAAUUAAUACCAGUAAUGCUGAUAAUGUUGAUGAGGAUGAGGCAGUUCUUGUUUUUAAUGAUAAAGAUACUUCCGAUUCAGAAUCAGAGGAGGAAAUGCAGAUCGAAAUCGCCUCGGACAGUGACGAAAACGAAGAAUGGGAAGAAGAACAGGAUAAGGAAGAGGAAGAAAACCACGUUGACGCUUCUGACGGUUCCGGUUCAGACUCCGAUUCCGUAGUGAUGCUGGACGACGAGGCCUCAGAUUAAAACAACUUGUAAACUGUUUUAUAUAUAUAUUUGUUCUGUUUUCUAAAAUCCUACAAAAAACUACCUUCCAGUAAGAAUAACAUUUUAAUAAUAAAGCAACCAUUUUUUUUACUGUUGAUGUUUUUCAUGGUUCACAUUAUCUUUUUUUCAACAUAAAAGUUAAGUUUAUCAAUCUACUUGAACUGUAUUUUACAAUAAAAUAUAU